AUGAUUUUCCAGACUUCUAAAUUGUAUGACACAAGACUUUUGGAAAUGACGUUUGAACAAAAGAAAACGAAAGAGGCUGAUGAGAUCAAAAUUCGGCCUCUUGAAAAAUCGUUACAAGAAGCAACAACCGAGUUAGCUCUGUGUCAGUAUAAACUUGAAGAUGCAAAUAUGACGCUUAACUCACACAAUUCUAUCGCCAUGGACACACUGCUGUUGGAAAAUGACGGACUGAAGCUGAAACUUGAAGAGGCUGUGCGUGUGAACGAAGAGCUCAUGCGAGAAAAAGAAGGUAUGUUGCAAUUGUAUGACACAAGACUUUUGGAAAUGACGUUUGAACAAAAGAAAACGAAAGAGGCUGAUGAGAUCAAAAUUCGGCCUCUUGAAAAAUCGUUACAAGAAGCAACAACCGAGUUAGCUCUGUGUCAGUAUAAACUUGAAGAUGCAAAUAUGACGCUUAACUCACACAAUUCUAUCGCCAUGGACACACUGCUGUUGGAAAAUGACGGACUGAAGCUGAAACUUGAAGAGGCUGUGCGUGUGAACGAAGAGCUCAUGCGAGAAAAAGAAGAAAACAAGAACCAAGUAAGUGCAACUUAUGCGGAGACCAUCAAUCGUCUUUCAAACGAACUGAAAUCCAAGGAUGACGUGUUGGCUCACAAAGACGUCUUGAUCAAUACUCUCGGGGAGCAGGCCAAGGUAGUCACACAUGAUUUGAUGCAGUUGAAGAAGACUUUUGAAAAUCAUUUGCACGAGAUGAAGGAGAAAACCGAAGCUGAUGUGACCAAGAAAUGGCAAACAAUUUUGAGUGAAGAGAAAGAAAUGUAUGAGGCGCGCGUGCAGAAGCUGGAAAGUGUGUAUGAACAAGCUCUGGAAAAUUUGAAAGUCGAGAUUUCUAGGCUGACAGAUCUUGUGAAUGAGGAACAAGAGAAAAACUUGCAGUCAGAGGAAGCUCACCGAGAAAGCAUUUCCAAAGCGAACAAGGAACUGACAGUGUUAAUCCAUGAGACAGAAAAUAUAAAAGCACGAAUGACGGAGGAGCAUCGACUUCAAAUCGCGCUAUAUGAAGAGAAAUUGGCAGAAUCUAACACUGAGAAAGAAAAUAUGGAGAAUUCUCUCAAAAGGAAGAUAAAAACACUGCAAACUUCACUAGACGAACUCGCAGGGGAAAAUCUCGGUUACAAGGCCGCUUUGGAUAUCGCGACUACACAAGUUAAAGAACAUAAAUGCCCAAACGUGAACCAUAUUGUCGAAGAAAACAAUCACUUGAAAUUUCAACUUGAGGAACUUGAGCAACGCAGUAAGAGCCUUGAGGGAAAAUACGAAGCGGAUAAAAAGGAAUUAGUUUCAAAACACGAGAGACUUGUCAAGAGUCUGUCAGAUGAACUGGAUCAGUCACGAAAGGACGUUGCGAAAAAGGAAGCAAUCAUCGUGCUCCUCAGAGAGGACCUAACACUAACUAAUGAUAAAUUAAAGAUUUUGACCGAGAAACGUGAGGAAACUAACGAAACGACUAUGCAGGAGUUUAGAAAGUCCGUCGAGUUUGCGGCAAACCAAAGGUGGCAAGCGCUGUUGGAGGCUGAAAGACGUAAUCACGAAAGAAUCCUGGGAGACAUGAAGGCAAUAUUUGGAAGGGUCCAAAAUUCAUCCAAUCUUGAAAUAACAAAUCUGAAGGCUCUGCUCAAUGAAGAAAAAGAAAAUGUUGUCCGGUUGGAAGAAAAAUACCGGAAACAACUUCAGGACACUUCAAAUGCAUUACUGACGUUGACUGAAGAGAAGAGGGUAUUGGAAGAGCGCGCUGAUAAUUCUAAAAGACGAGAGCUUCAAAGCGAAGCCAAAGAGAAAAUGCUACAAAAGGAGCGAAAUGAUUUUAGAAGGAAACUUCAGUCUGCUGAAGAACAACUGUGCACACUGAAAAAGGAACUAGCUGAGGCGACCCUCUCAGUUGGAGCCCAGAAGAUUCAGGCAUCAGAAGCCAAGAUUAUACUUCUUGAAGAGAAGCUAACGAAAGCAGCCGAGGAUAUGCGGAUGAAUAACCUCUCACACGAGACCUCGCGCCGUCAACUUGAACUUCGAGUACACUCGCUUUUCAGCGACACUGUCAGUCACUGGAACGAACGAAAAACAGCAUUACAAACUUUGGUUUACGAGCUACGUUUGUUGCACCAGUCACUAUCAAACUUACGGAGGAAUUCUUGCGGUCGGUUACACAUGGCAAUCGGACCCGCAGGUCGAUUGGUUGUGCCCGAAAUCGGGGAUAGUUCGAAGCGACUAGUUCAAGAAGAAAUGGAAAAAAAGUUGCAGUCUAUGCAAAAUGAUUUAGAGAUGGCGGCAUCCAGAAGAAAAGAAUUAGAACUUGAACUAGCCCAGUAUAAGAAGACACUAGAAACUUAUACGAAGGUGAAGAAUGCAAAAAUUGCAAAGUUAAAAGAAAAGACCCAAAUGAGACAGAAAGAUGCCGAAACACACAAUGAAUUGGAAGAACUGGACUGUAAAUUACGGAAAUCUAUAUGGGCAAUAAGUGAAACGCAAUCCAGAGCGAAAGAAGCUGAGCGCAAACUGGAACAACGCACCGAAAUUCUGGAAGAUUUGCAGAAACAGAACAAAGUUCUGCUCGAAAGAUUGAAGUUGCAGAAAAGUAGUCAAUUCACGGAGAUAAAAGCGGAAUUAGACAAGAAGUGGGCUAGUACGGUAAACAGAGAAUGCGCUCGGGUUCGUGAUGAAGUGACGGCGAAAAUUGGGCAGCAACUCCAACAGCUGUUACGUAGUCAGCAAAAAACCCACCUAGAAGAAACGAAGCAAGUUCCUUCUUGCAUUGAAAGUGGACUGGAUGAGCUAAAACAACAUAUAUCAGUCGCUAAUGAGGAUCACGCCCGAAAGAAACGAAAAUAUAGGCAAAAUGUUAAGUCUUUAGAUCGUUUUGUGGACCGGUCGGUGGGCACCGAAACUUCUAUCUUUGAUCAACUUGAAGGUGUUCUUUGUUCCAACUCCGGACACAGUCAAACACAAAAAUAUGAUCUUCGGACAAGAUUGGAAAAGAAAACCUUUGCAUGUGACCCACUUAAAAUUGAAGUUCAUGAAAUGGAGAGCUAGUUGCAAGACACAAAUAAGAGUCAAUUGGAACUAAAAACCGAUUUGGUGCAUCACGUGGAGCAUGAAAGAAAAGAGUUUACAAGUCAAAUGGAAUGAGUUUUAUUCACCUUUAUAUGAUGAAUGAUAUUCUAUCUGUUCGCUAUCUUUUACCUGCAUGUGAGUUUUGUGUGUUGAUUUAAGCGAACUUGAACGCUUAGAUCAUUUAGCACAACCUCAGCCAGAAGGCUCAGAAAAGUUAUUUCGUCUGACUUCCUCUAGACCGGUUACUUUUAAAUGACAUUUAGCCGAAUUAUAAUCCGAUAAUAAAAACUAUCGCU